CCAGCAAGACCCAUAACUCUGACCUUCUGUAUAGGCAUGGGUACAGCAAGGCCCAUAACUCUGACCUUCUGUAAAUAGGCAUGUGCACAGCAAAACCCAUAACUCUGACCUACCGUAUAGGCAUGGGUACAGCAAGGCCCACAACUCUGAACUACCGUAAAUAGGCAUGUGCACAGCAACGUACAUAACUCUGAACUACCAUAAAUAGGCAUGUGUACAGCAAGACCCAUAACUCUGACCUACCAUAAAUAGGCAUGUGCCCAGCAAGACCCAUAACUCUGACCUACUGUAUAGGCAUGGGUACAGCAAGGCCCAUAACUCUGACCUUCUGUAAAUAGGCAUGUGCACAGCAAAACCCAUAACUCUGACCUACCGUAUAGGCAUGGGUACAGCAAGGCCCACAACUCUGAACUACCGUAAAUAGGCAUGUGUACAGCAACGUACAUAACUCUGAACUACCAUAAAUAGGCAUGUGUACAGCAAGGCCCAUUACUCUGACCUUACAUAAAUGUCCACAUAUAGGAUGCACCAAUUGAUAGGAUUCAGGCAAAAAAAUGUAAAAAAUCAAGAACAUAAUAAUGGCUGGGUUAUUCCCAUGGUUUGUCAAAAACAACAAACGAGUUGUUGUGCUCCGAGCUGAUCAUGUCUGAUUGAUAGUUACAUUGAGUUCUGUUAUUGACUUGUUUGUUUUAUUGCUUGUUUGUGUUUGGCAUUUAUGAUACAGUAACUAUUUGGCUGUAUGAUUCUAUUGCUUUUGUACUGAAAGUCUGAAAAAGCAAAGUUUAAAAAUUGAAUUGUUAAAAUGACUAGACUGCAAAAAAAGACCAUAGAACUUAUCUGUUUUCUUAAUGAAAGUAACUGUUGUUGAAUACUGGAAUGGAGGGCACAUGUUUUGUAUUAUUGUGUACAGUAAGAUAUUAGAAAGUGGUAUAUUUGAACAAUUUUAUUUUGUGAUUUAAAAAUUUCAAUAAAGCAAAUAUUUGAAGUACUAAAAUAGAUUUAAUAUUUGAGAAAAUGCAUAUAAUUAUUCUAUGUCAACACAUGUAUAUUAAUUGAUUGUUUGAACUUUUCUUUUAAUUUCCCUUUUUGGAAUUUAAAAUUUUAAAUGUUUGAUUUAUAUAAAUAAUGUAUUUGAUAAAAUUAUACAGUUUGAAUAACCGACAUGCUGUAGUCUUUUAUAACUCUAACUUUGAGUGGCAAUACUUUUUUAUUGUUAUGUUAUUAUGAAAUGUAUAUAUUGUUGUAUUGAUAAUACUUUAAUAAACUAUGAAACUGAAACUGAAACAGCUACGGUAUACAUCUUGAAAAUAUGAUAUUUGGUAGUUUUUUAUGCAAUAUUUCCUUAAUUGUGCUGUAUUAUUGUACAAUCAUGAUGAGUUUGUCUUCCAUGUUAAAUUAUUACUUUGAAUUAUAAGGGUCUUGUAUAUUUAUGCUCUUGAAGUGUGGCAUAUAUUUAAUUGGACUCUCUGGCCGUCUGUCCAUUCAUACUUUGCUCUUUAAAAUGCUAUAUUCAAUAUUUCCAAACUGGGAUUGGGAAGGUAGAGAAAGUCGUCAUGAAAAAUUGUCAAUUACUAAAGACUAUCUGUCUCCAUAUGCUCAAAUACUAAUCUGCUCAUGGGGCCUUCUGGGGGCAAUUCUCACAGUCAUGUGACAACACUUGUAAUGUAUCUAUGACUUAAAGCACUAUAAAAUUGUCAUAAAGUUAUAAUUCAUCAGUGCUUCAGGUGUAAGAUGAACAUUACAUAUUAAAGGAAAUGGAUAUUAAUUAUGUAAUAAGGGCAUUAAUGCAAAUUUCAGGAACUUUUGUUAGAAUAUGUUUUAUGGCAAUUUUUAGUCUUCCAAUUAAGGCUUUGAGAAGAAUACAUAGGAAGAUCAGUUAAACAUUUGUUCCUUUUUGAAAUAAAAGAAUGAAAAUUUUAUUAUUAGAUAAUUAAUCAUAUAUGAUAAAUUAUUUGUUUAUUUAUUUUGGAGUGUUAAUGUUCUACAGAGCUAUUAUUUAAAAACAUCAAUUAACUUUUGGUAUAUCUUUCAGGGAUUUUUCUUGGUGUAAUUUACUGCCUUUUAAAGGCCAUUUCUGAUUGUGAAAAACAGAUCAUUGUUCCCAAAUAUUCAUAAUAUUUUCCAAAUUCGGUAAACCAAGUUUCCCAUGAAUGAAUUAAAAAAGAUGAAUUCCUUCAAAAACAAACAGGAUCUUAUACAGAAUAGUGUUUGCAUUAAACAUGCAUAGAUUAGCUAUUUUGGCAUGGUUUUAUGUUUUCACAAACUAAGAAAAAUUUCCUAAGGCACAGGCAUUGAAAAAUAGCAAAAAAUCACAGUUGUUUUGUUGUAAAAAAUGACUCCUAUAACUAAAAGCACAUGGUAUCAUUUAUAGAUGACAUUGGCUGCUUCAUGUUCAAAUAAUUAAAUUUGGCUAAGUUUUAUUUUUAUAUGCCUUGUCAUAAAAAGCAUAUGGAGUUGUAAUUGUUUGUGUUUCGAUAGCUUCAAGAACAUGUACAGUCUAAUAUCCAUAUAUUACCCAUUUUCAUACAUGUACUAAAUAAACAUAAUUAUAGCUUAUAUAUUGUUGAAAGUAAAAUUUUGUGCAAAUUUUACAUAUUGACAAUAUUCACAUGAACUUUGUACACAGUUUACAUAGUGAUACUAUUCACAUGGGUUGCAAGGCCCACAACUCUUGCUUUAAUAACUAAAUAUGAUUUGAGUUAUUCAUCUUUUUUAUAUGAAAGAAAAGUUAGACAAGCAUUGACACCUGCUUGUGGUGCCCUUGUUCUGUUUUUAAACAAUAUUUAUGCAAUAUAUACACGUUGUCUUUGUUUUAGUUCAAACAUUUUUUAUUCACCAAUAAGAACUCAUAAUGCAUUUUAGGAAACAUUUUCAACAUUUUCUUGAAUUUAAGGAAAAGUAAUCAUGUUUAGAAUACAACCUACAUUUACAGCCAAUGUCAUUGCAGAUAGGUAAUCAUUAAGUACUAGACUUAAUCAUUAAGAAUUUCAACUGUAGUGGGUGUUCAAAGGUCGACCUACUGCCACUCAUCUGAUACACAAUUCCUGCUUUGACUAUGUGUAUGCCAAUGAGGUUGUAUUCUGAGUAGGUUUGAUGACAUGGAAAUAAAUCUGAAUGAUUAAGAAGGGCUCAUUUGCUUUGCUCACUCCACCCAUUCUUAAUCAUUUAGAUUUUAAUUCAGGUCAACUGCAUAUUACUUGUACAUCUUAAGUAUGAAAAAAGGAAAAGAAAUGCUCCUAAUAAUAAAUGCCUUUUAAAUAUAUUUGAUGAAAAAUAGAGGUUAUUUCAAAUAUCCAUUGUCAAAAAAUCAAUAAAAACCACUAAUAUUUUCACUAAGAUGCUUUUUGAAUAUGGCUUCAGAUUGUAACAUUUUAUGCUGUACUAUAAUAUGCAUAUAUAGAUAGGUUUCAUGGUCUUGAAUUUACACAUGUUCAUGAAAUUUUAAAGAGAACUUUGUACAUAAAUCAUAUCACGACUCAAAUCCGAUCCUACAUGUAUAUAUCUGUAUAGACUUUUGAACAGCAAACUAUUGUUCAAAAUAUUUCAUUAUUUAUAACAUGCCAUAAUAGAAAGUCAGACUUGGUUUCUAGGGCUGAGAAGGAAACUGUUAAAUGUAUACAGAUUGGCAAUACAAUAAGUAAAAGUAAUUGAUUUUGAAUUGGCUAAUUGAUUUUCAUGAUUUGUGAUAAAUAAGUCGAACUUGUUGUAUUAGAUGCAUUUGAUAUUCAACUGCAAAGCUAUAAAGUUUGUAAAGCAAUACUCUCCAGUUAUUGAUUGAAAUUGAAGGCACUUACCUACAUGUGAAUGAUGGUAAUAUUUAGUGAUGUAUGGGGAUUAUCUCUCCAUUCAGUACAUCUGUGAUGAUGCUAACGGAGUUAUUUAAUUAUUUAUUAUGAUCAUACUUAUGUUAAGAUGAGUAUAUUGAAUUGAUUAAAGAUGGAGUAAACUUGUUUAUGAUAAAAUGAUUGGAAUUGAUGACGUUGAAACAACAUAGUUUUGACUACAGUUUAUUUUGGAGUAACGUUUCAAAAGAAUGCCAACGUUACAAACGGACGGACGAACCCAUCCAAAACUCCCGGACAUAUUCCGUACAAUCAAUGGCGUAAACGUAGACCUCGGUCCGCUUGACCGGUUGAGGGACGCUGAUGGGGAGGGGGCGACAGCGAAUACCGGAAGUGCGGGUCCGUUGUCAUGGGGACGGGGAAAGGAGGGCGGCGCCGAGGCGAGCGGGGGCAUGUGCCCGCGGAUAAUCCUCAGGGACGCACUAGGUCGCCAGUUGGAUACGUUCACGACGCUCCAGGAAGCGAUAUACCGCGCCAAGUGGAAUGUUCAACAGACCGGUCAAGCUAAGACGCCAAUAGAGUGGCGGCUCCCGAAGGCACCUCCACCUGCCCGACCGGAUCUGACAAGGACGUUUCCGCCGCUCAAACACCCGCCUGUGCACGGGGAGGGCGGAGCGAGAAGCAGACCAGCGGUCAACCAUUCUCGAGUAUUGGAGUUUGAUGUUAAAGAUGUCGGGUUUGUUCAAGAGAGCCUUCAGUAUCUGCCCUAUGCCCCCUCCCUCUCCUUCCUCAGACAGGAAAUCUUGGUUGGUCCGAAGACAUACUUCCAGAUCGUGGGCACGUUGCUGCUGCACAAGCGGAUCCUGUCACAGACAGAGAAGCGACAAGCUGUCCACAACUUCCCAGGCUUCUGCUCCGGAUGUAUCCGCAUGGGCCUCUGUUAUGGGUGUGAAAGGAGCUCACAACCUCAUUUCCAUGAAGACAAGCCAGUAAAGACGGGUGGGGGUUUCACCUACUAUAAGAAGGACCGGCCGGAGCAUGAGAUCCCGGGGAAAAACCCAAUCAACUGGAAAAUACAGCACCCGGACAGAGCUUUGAAGAAACUCAUGGAGGAUUUUGCUGGUGUAGAGCUGGAAGGUGCCCUUCCAGACGAGAUUAAGCGACAUCUUGAUAAACAUGGGGGGCACAGAGAGAGGCUGGUUACCUCUGACACAACUGGUCGGGGCAUAGGGGCUGGAGACCAAAGAGUGGGAAGAAAAGGGACGCUGGCAGACAUUCAAGUUCAGUAUGGUGAUCAUGGUGAUGACCAUGGUGAUGACCUUGAAGGUGGAGGUGAUGGUCAUGCUAUAAAUAGACCCAGUGGUGAUUCUAUUAACAGAUCAAGGGAUCAUGUCCUUGACCCUAGUGAUGUUGACAUUGAGAUGCUAAGAGCUUCUUCAAAAUAUGGCCAAGGGCAAGGAGACAUGCCAGGUUACCAGGGCCACCAUAGUUCUGUUGCGGGGAGUGAAACAGACCAGCAUGGCAGAGUAUUAGGAGGGAGGCAUUAUGGGAAGGCUGUUCCAGGCAGUGAACUAACCGGCUAUGACAGAGACACUAUGGCUAAACAUGCUGGGGGUCAGGGAGCUAAUGCUUUGAAUCAAGGAAAGGGAAACCACUAUGAAAGGUUUGAGCACAGGCUUCCAAAACUAAGAAAAAAACAAUCGGAUGACCUUGAGAAGAAGCGUGGACAGGAGGGAGAUAGCGGGAGUGAGAUGGACGGACAGACAGACACAGACACAGAUACCACCAGUCGCGGACGCAGGAGGAAACGCCUCUACAAACCGCCUCCUGCAUUCAAAUUAAAGAAGAGCCCUCACCGAAGUAUCGAUUCUCGUUCCCCGUUCAGCACGGAUCGUAAUUACGACCUUCCCAAAGGCUCUGGAUUCCAAUUGAAAAAGAGCGACAAAAAAUUGACAGAGUUUAAAGACUUCAGAAAUGUGGAUGUCUCUUGGAAGGAGCCUAAGAAGUUUGAGCUGAAGAAGAUAGAGACAAAAACGACCACCUUCUGGUCUGGUUCCCCCAAGAAAAAGGAAAAAAGCCGAAGCAAAAGCAGAUCGCCGGACCGUAAGAUCCGCCGGGUACCCUCUCCUCGUGCACUAUCCCCGGACUCUGGGCUUGACAGCGAGCAGCUGACAGACACGACCAACAGGUCGGAGUUGGAGCCAGUAAGGGAGGAAACUACAAUUACACUUUCCCCUGAGCCUGUCAUGGAGAGGGAAAUCACACCACAGCCUCCAAUCAUAAAGUCACCAGACAUCCCCAAGUCUGUGACGCCGCCUCCGAAGAAAAAACGCGAGAUAGUAAAGAAGGAGAAAAAGGUGGCACCAAAACCGAGGACCCCAGAACCCCCGCCACCUCCUUCACCUGAGCCUACCCUACCCCCUAUUACCAAGGCAACCAGCCCCUCCCCUGAGCCUUCUGAUGAUGAGCCUCAACCAUCAAGGGAGAUAAGCUUUGUGAGAGUGCGCUCAAUACCAGAGUUACCUCCCAUUGAGGUUCCAGAGUUACCUGACAUACCUGAGAAACAGCCGUAUGAGCCUAAAGUGGUGAAGAAGGAAAUGAAGGUUAUAGAGGUGACACCAGAACUCCCAGAGCCCAAGAAGAAACUUCCCCCACCCCCAAAACUUGGCCCUAAAAUCAAGUCCCGCACGACAUCCCGGAAAAGUAAGGUAGCAGAGGCCCCGGUCACAGCUCAGGAAAUACAGCAACUUACUGACCCUCUAGACUUCCUGGCUAAAUACUGCAUCAUCAACCCAGACAGAUUGCCGUUCUAUGAGCGUAUAUUUAACGGAGCAGUGAGUGUCCAGUCUCCGCGCUAUGUUCACCAACAAUCACCACCUCAGGGGGCACCUCUGGUAAAACUGCCCCCUGCCCAGCUGUCUGCCCACGAACUUGCCAUGCUCAAGGACUUAACUGUGAUUUCACAUGCUCAGAGCCCUAGAAAAGAGGGAAUGAGUGUACCGGAGCAAUACCUGGAGAAGUUGAACUACUCUAUAGAGUUUAUACAGGGCAAACAAGAGUCAAUACAGGAGCACAUGCAUGCCCUGCAGAGUGAAAAGGUUGAGCUGAUGGCCCAGAUAGCCAAGUCGAUGGACCGUGACAUUGUCCGCCUCGACUACAAGGGCAAAGGCAAAAAGAAGAAAAAGGAUGGUGACGAUGAUGAUGAUGAGGAACGGUCGAAGAAAAAGAAGAAGAAGAAGAGUUCUGAAGGAGAAUACGAUCUCCUGGGCUCAAUGGUGACAGCUCUGAAGAACUUCCGACCAACGAAGGCAUCUGAUAUCACAGAUGAGGUGAUUGUUAGCCGGAUGGAUGAGAAGAUGAUGAAAAAGGCUAAGAAGGACCCGGCAGUGAAGACCCUCAGUCUGGGAAUCAACAGAGACAUUGAGAAACUGAAGGCGUAUGAACAGAGGAUAUCACAGAUAGAAGAUGAAAAGGAUCUGGUAGGUCUGUACUGUAUGGACUACUACUUCAAUGAACAGAACGCCAGGGCCCCACCGUACGAAUUCCGCAGACAGCAGAGCAGGCUGUACCAGAAGCUCCAUCCUGACCCAGAUAUUGAAAUGAACUUGGAUGAGGUGGAGGCAGCCCUACAGCAGGUCAACAACAAACUGCUUACACAGAAGGAGUUCCAGUACAUCUACUUUGUCCUUGACCUUCCCAAGAGAGAGAAGAUCAACUUCCGGAUGUUCAGCAUUGUCGCAGCGUUGUCGGAGAAGGUUACCCAGAUGGAUCCAGUCAUCAGAAAGUUAAUCAACAAGGUAGAUCACAAUGCUCUUGAUGUCAAGAUGGAGAAAAGCAAGGAGUUAUUCCGGCUACUGCAGGACGAGAGCCAGCUGCCCCUGGGCAACUGUACAGCUGACCUCCUGGCCGUGGAGCUGACCGCUGGAGGCCUUACACCAGAACACACCAGCUAUGUCCUGAGCAAGUUUAACCGAGAGGGGAGAGGCUUUGCGGACUUCCUGGAUUUCGUCACCUACGUGCCUCUGUUUAUAGAAAUACAUAAGAGGAUUAUAGAGGACCCUUUCAAUGAAACGUUGAACGUUUAAUGUUUGCUGUGUGAUGGUGGAUAUGUUAUUGUUAUCAUUAUUAUCAUUUUUAUCGCCUUGGACACAAUAUGAACACAUUUAGAUAAUCGCUUCUGUUAGUAAAAUAAUAAACCAAAUGAUGAAAUCAUACAAUGACAUGAUUUCCAAUAUUUGGAAUAUCUUAUGUCAUUUGAUUGUGUCCAAGGUAUAUCUUUGUGAGAUUUUUGUGUCUGUGCAUCAGUCAGAUGUCCGUCCAGUAACUUACUAUACAUGUAUAUAUGCAGGUAUUUUGGAACUUUAAGUAGGUUUCAAUAUGAUAAAUAAGACUCUUCUAAAAAUGUGAAUAUUUGAUCUGGUCCGGCUUAGAUCUUUUUCUAGAAUCAGCAAACCAGGAAUCUAGUUUUGUAUGACUGACCAACGUCUUAAAAUAUGCUUUAAACUUUUUUGGCCUACUCCAGGGUAAAAGCAGUCAUGUAUUUUUGUGCAGUAUCAGUGGGAUCAUGACAAACAACAAAUUAUAUAGGGAUUGCCUGAGCUUUGUUGAUUUAUCAUUUGUUCAUUUGUAGGCUUGUCUGUUUUCAGAAAAAAAAUGGUAUUGCUAUAGAUUUGAUGUUACUGUCUGCAGUGUUGGCAACUUUGUCAGAAUGCAUUUUUUUAUAUAACUCAAAAACAGUUAUAAUAUUUAAAUAAUAUUUCGCAUAUGCUUUGCCAGUGGCAAAACUUACAGAUAAAGCUGCUAAUAUUAGUACAAAUAACUCUGGUUUUAACAAAUGUCGAGUUAUCCCCCUUGUUUAUCUGCAUAAUAAAACAAAACUCACACAGUAGCUUGGCGUUCGCUCCACGGCGCUCUUGUUUAACAGUUUAUAAAGGUAAUGACCAUAAACAUCAUAACAUAUGUUUAUUAUUUUAAAUAUCAUUUUAUUUAUUCAUGAUGACAGGUUUUCUAUGUUUUUUACUUUCAUUGUAUAAUGUUACCUCCCUUUAUCAUUUUUUGCAUACAUUUGUAUUUAUGUUAUAUAUUAUUGUUACUCCCCUUUGUUUACGUUUUGCCAUUUGCCUACGCACGUGUUAUGUUUGAUAAUCCUGUGCAAUACAUACCUCGCAUGUAGCACUAGUAAUAUUAAUUAAAUCAUUAACUUGAAA